UGGACGCUCUGAGCUGGACCCUCUGGCACCCCCACCUCCUGUCAGCAUCAGUGCUUAAGGCUGAGACCCCAGAGCCCAGGUCCUGGAGAGGGAAGACCCAGAGGACACAGAACAUGAAUGUCCUGGAUCCAUCUGAGGCAAAUGUGGACUGUGAAUACAUGGAGCAGGCGACCGAAAGGAGAGAGGAAUACGUGGAUUCUGACCUCCGGCUGUCUAGACACUCUUCUCAUUUGACCCAGCCGUAUGACCUGGAGGCGGCCCUGCCACUGCCAGCUCGUUGUGAGGCUUCUACAUCAAGCAAUCUGCACGCAGAGCCUCUGACAACCACGGAUGAGUUCUGGGGCCCCAAAGGACAUAUUGCUAUCGAGGUGAUUGACCAAGAAAGGAGCCAGUACCGAGCUCACCUCCCCACGGCCGGCUCCUACCACUGGCCCAACACGGGUCUCCACUUUGUGGUGAGAAGGGCAGUGACCGUCGAGAUUGAAUUCUGUGCCUGGGACCCAUUCCUGGACACGAUUGUCCCCCGGGACACCUGGAUGGUGGCAGGACCGCUGUUUGACAUCAAGGCGGACCCAGGAGCUGUGGCGGCUGUGUACCUGCCUCACUUCGUGUCCCUCCAAGGUAACCACGUGGACCCCUCCCAGUUCCACGUGGCCCACUUCAAAGAGGAUGGGAUGCUGCUGGAGGAGCCAGCCAGGGUGGAGGCGUGUUACACAGUCCUGGAGAACCCCAGCUUCUCCCCCAUGGGAGUCCUACUGAGAAUAUUCCCAGUUACCAGGAAAAUCAUUCCCAUCAUCUCCACCGUGAUGCUCUACCAUCACCUCCGUCCUAGCGAAAUCAACUUCCACCUCUACCUGGUCCCCAAUGACUGCUCCAUUCAGAAGGCCAUAGAUGAUAAAGAAAAGAAGUUCCAAUUUGUGCAAAUACACAAGCCACCCCCACAGGCCCCACUCUAUGUGGGCUCCCUCUUCACCGUGUCUGGCUCAGAGGAGAUGGAGAUCAUCCCCCAGGAGCUGGAGCUCUGCUAUCGGAGCCCCGGGAAGGCCCAACUCUUCAGUGAGAUCUCUGCUACGCAGUCGGAGUCAGGGAUCCGGCUACAAAUAGAGAACAUGAAAGAAGAGACUGUGGUGUGGAAGGCCUUGGUGAGACCAGGAGACCUCAGACCAGCCGCCGCACCGGUUCCUGCAGCCCGGACAGGUCAGUAG